UUGAAAUUAUUCGUCCUCGACGAAGAUCGCUCCUUCGUUUUGGAGACACAAAUAAAUUUUGCUGUUUGCUGCUUGUCACUCAAAUUCAUUCAUGAAUUAGUGUAACAUUUUAUAGUGCCCUUUUUGUUUAAAGAAAACUACUUGUUUAUUAAAGCGUUUGGCUGUACUUACGUGUCAUUUUGAUGUUUGCGUAUGCGUGUUCGCAUUAACCGGUGCCUAUUGUGUACGCGCUUUCAUAUCAUUGGGUAUCCCGUUGCUCGUGCUCAUCUUCAUGGUUGGUGCAGUACCAAGAGAAAAUUUCAAAACCUGCGAGCAAAGUAGUUUUUGUAGGCGAUGUCGUAAAGUGGAAGCAGGAAAGACUCCCUAUGUUUUGUUACCAGACACUUUAUCACAAAAUGAAUCUUCUUUAUCUGCUGAACUUCUCAAUAAAAACACAGAAAUUCAUUAUAUUUUGGAUUUGACAGCUUUGAAAAGAGAUUUGUUCAGAUUACGUAUCAAUGAGAAAAACCCACUACAUCCCAGAUAUGAAGUUGAAUAUGCCUUACAAGAUCAUCCACAAAUAACUAAAUUAGAAGUAGUUGAAAAAACAACUACUCAAAUUACUGUCAAAAAUGGUCCUAACAAAGCUGUUUUGCAAUAUUCUCCAUUCAAAGUUGAUCUUUAUUCUGGAGAUAAGUUGGUUAUAUCAACUAAUGCUAGAGGCCUUAUGAGAUUUGAACACUUGCGAACUAAAUCAGUGCAGAAUUCUGAAAACCAAGAAAAUUUGGAUAAAGUUGAGCAACCAUCAGAACCCAUUGGAGAUGGUGCUGAAAGUGAUCCUGGUGCUUGGGAAGAGAAUUUCAAAAGCCAUCAAGAUUCCAAACCUUUUGGCCCGGAAGCUGUUGCAAUGGAUUUCAGUUUUCCAGGAGCUGAACAUGUUUAUGGUAUUCCUGAACAUGCUGAUAGCUUAGCUCUUAAAUCUACUAAAGGAUCUGAACCUUAUAGGCUCUAUAACUUAGAUGUAUUUGAAUAUGAAGUCAAUGAAAGAAUGGCCUUGUAUGGUGCAGUUCCUGUACUUUAUGCUCAUGGAAAAGAAAAAACAUCAGGAGUUUUUUGGCUGAAUGCUGCUGAAACAUGGGUUGACAUUGUUUCAAGUGCAGACAACAAUGUAGUGGAGAGUAUUGUGAAUUUCAUGUCUGGAACAGUUAAACAAUCUCAAGUUGAUGCACAUUUCAUGUCGGAAUCUGGCAUAAUUGAUGUCUUUUUCUUAAUGGGUCCGGAACCUAUGGAUGUUUUUCAACAAUAUGCUGGACUUACUGGCACGGCUAAUUUACCACCAAUUUUUUCACUUGCUUAUCACCAAUCGCGUUGGAACUACAAUGAUCAAGAAGAUGUACAACAAAUUGCAGAUAAUUUUGAUAAACAUGAUUUACCAAUGGAUGUGAUGUGGCUUGACAUUGAGUACACCGAUAGCAAAAAAUACUUCACAUGGGAUAAGCGCAAAUUCCCAAAUCCAUUGGAAAUGGUAAAGAAUUUGACGACUAAAGGACGUAAACUUGUUGUCAUCAUCGAUCCACACAUAAAACGUGAUUCCAGUUACUUUGUUCACAAUGACGCCACCAAUAAUGGAUACUAUGUAAAGCAUCGAGAUGGAAAAGACUAUGAAGGAUGGUGUUGGCCUGGUUCCUCUUCAUAUCUCGAUUUCUUUGAUCCUAAAGUACGUGAGUACUACAUGGGUCUUUAUGAUCUGUCGCGUUUUGAAGGCACAACAAACGAUGUGCAUAUUUGGAACGAUAUGAAUGAACCAUCAGUAUUCAACGGUCCAGAAGUUACUAUGCCUAAAGAUUUGGUACACUAUGGUGGUUGGGAGCACCGUGAUGUUCACAACAUCAAUGGCAUGGUGUAUACGAUCGGUACAUAUGACGCCUUAUUCCGUCGAUCAGGUGGAAGCUUAAGGCCUUUUAUACUCUCUCGAUCAUUCUUUGCUGGAUCGCAAAGAUACGCAGCGGUAUGGACUGGUGACAAUACAGGUGAAUGGGAGCAUCUGAGGAUAUCCUAUCCCAUGUGUUUAAGUUUAGCUAUUAGUGGUAUAUCCUUCUGUGGUGCUGAUGUUGGAGGAUUCUUCAAAAAUCCUGACUCUGAGCUUCUAGUUCGAUGGUAUCAAGCUGGUGCUUGGUUGCCAUUUUUCCGUCAACACUCGCAUAUUGAGACGAAGCGUCGUGAACCAUGGACUUUUGGCGAUGAAAUCGUUAGUUUGACGCGCGAAGCUUUAAGAAUUAGAUACUCAUACUUGCCACUUUGGUACACCUUGUUCCGUGAACAUGAAGUUAAUGGUUCACCAGUAAUCAGACCUAUCUGGGCCCAUUAUUCUCAUGAAGCUGAAGCAUUUGCUAUUGAUGACGCCUUGUUACUGGGUGAUUCAAUACUUGUAAAACCAGUAUUUCAACCAUCUGCCUCAGAAGUUACGGUUUACUUCCCUGGCGAAGGCAAGGUAGCCUGGUAUGACAUAGACACGAUGCAAAGAUUUGGAGAGACAUCAAAGGUUAAUAUUCCUGUGACCUUACACCGAAUUCCAGUAUUCCAACGUGCUGGUUCUAUAGUUCCUCGCAAAAUGCGUAUCCGACGUAGCUCGGUAGCAAUGAAAAAUGAUCCUUAUACCCUGAUAGCUGUAGCCAAUGACCAAGGAACUGCUGAAGGUAAGCUGUACAUCGACGACGAAGCCAGUUUUGAAUAUAGACAUGGAAAGUACUUGCAUCUUGGAUUUAAACUUGGAAACAAGAAGUUGACUUCUACGAAACUGCAAAAAUUAGCCACUUACACGACUAAGAGUUGGCUUGAACGGGUUGAUAUUGCCAAUCCACCUCAAGGGAUUGUAAAGGCUGUACUCAAUUCUAAAAUUGAUUUGGAAACAACGUACAGUUCUAACAACGUUCUUACUAUUCGUAAACCUGGUGUAAAUAUGGGUGAAGAAUGGACAAUAGAAUUGAUCCAAGGUUCCACUAAACAAUAAAUAAGAAAAUUAAGUCGAUUCAAAAUAGUUUAUGCCACUGUUAACAUUAUAAAACAUCAAGCCGUAUGUUAACAAUAACAAGGAGUAGACUUUUGAUAUAAAACUAAAUUUUUUUCAUCAAAUUGAAGAAAAAAUAGUUAUAUGAUACGUUUAUCGACUUAUGCAUAGCCCACAAAAACAUGGCAAAUGAUUGUGAGUUAUAUGCCUUUUAAUAUUUAUAACAUUCAUCUGUGAUUAGAGUAUGAAUUAUCACGUUUAAUAUGAAGUGAUUAUGAUUGAUGACUUAAUUGCAAUAAGAGUAAAUGACAAGAAGCAUGUAUGUUAAUUUAAUUUAUACAGAAGUAAUUCGUUAAAAUGAAUUUCAUUCAAGGUGAUCAUCUUAUAGAGAUUUUUAAAGUAAAACUGGAAUAGAAUUUUAUGUUUGUAAGUGUAAUGCAUGAACUUCAUCAUGA